CUUUGACUUGUUAAUUUAGUUGUGGGUCUUAAUUCCUCGAAAACACUCACAUCCUCUAUGUUAUCCUCCUCAUCAACCAGGAAUCCACUCCCAAACCACAACAAAAGAAAAUUAAGGCUAGUGAUUUUUGUUUUCGCAGAUUAAUUGACAUAUUGUCUUUCUUUUUUUAAAAAAAAAAGAGAGGAAGAAGAAGAGGGAAAAAGAAAAUUAAAUUCGAAGCAUCAUCUCUAAUUCAGUUAACAGGUAGUAGUGCGACUGUGCGAGUAGCAUUUCAAAUUUCUCUCGUCAGCCAAAAAUCUCUCAAAUUAGGUCACUGCCGGCGCCAAGCGACAUCACUUUCGGCGGCGUUUUUAACCAAUUGACACUCCGAUCUAAACAUCUACAGCACAACAGUGAAGCAUGAGCGGUGCGCGAUUAUGCGCAUUGCUUGGGGAAUUGGGUUACGAAGGUCACGAAUUACUUGAUCCUGAUAGUUUCGAGUGGCCUUUCCAAUACGACGACGCUCGACCUGUCCUCGAUUGGCUUUGCUCUAGCCUUCGCCCUUCUAAUGUCCUUUCCCCAUCCGAAGUUACACAGUAUGAGCAGCUUUUACAGGAAGAGAAACUGUUGGAGGGAGAAGAUCUAGACUUUGCUUAUGACAGCAUUUCGGCCUUCUCAACAAGGAGAGAAAACCAAGAGGCAGUUUUCGGAAGUGAAGAAGGAUUGAAGGAUAUACGAGAUGCAACUUUAGCAUUAAAAGCUGAGGAAUUGGAGUUGCAGAAACAGCUGAGACGACUGCAGUCUCAAUAUGAUAUGCUCACGGGCCAGGCUUCUGCAUUGAUUCAGGGAAGAAGAGCUCGAGUUGCAGCAACUUCUAUUCUCAAUGGACAGCAGGCUACCACAGAUGAUAGCCUUUCAGCAAGGAAUUUAGAGAUGAAUGCAGUUCUUGGAAGGAUGGCUUCUACUGCGCAGGAGUUGGCACACUAUCAUUCAGGGGAUGAAGAUGGAAUAUACCUUUCUUACUCGGACUUCCAUGCAUAUCUGUUGGUGGAUGCAUCUUGUGUAAAGGAGUUAAAUCAAUGGUUUACCAAGCAUCUAGAUACAGGUCCUUACAGAUUAGUUGCAGAGGAGGGAAAGUCAAAAUGUUCAUGGGUUAGCCUCAAUGACAUAUCAAACGUUUUACUACGAGAUCUGGAAAAGUCACACCACCAGCGUGUUUCUGAAUUGCAACGCCUUCGCUCCAUAUUUGGUCCAAGUGAGAGGCAAUGGAUAGAAGCUCAAGUUGAGAAUGCUAAGCAACAAGCUAUUCUUACUGCGCUUAAGGGUCAAGUGACAUCAGAUGAGGCUCACAUUCAUUUGGACCUUCAUUCUCUUCGGAGAAAACAUGCUGAACUGGUUGGAGAAAUUUCAAUUUUAUAUCGCAAAGAAGAGAAGUUAUUAUCAGAGACUAUUCCUGAUCUUUGUUGGGAGCUGGCUCAACUACAAGACACAUACAUCUUGGAAGGGGAUUAUGAUCUAAAGGUCAUGCGCCAAGAAUUCUACAUUAAUCGGCAAAAAGCGUUCAUAAAUCAUCUGAUUAAUCAUGUUGCAAGGCAUCAAUUCCUGAAAGUAGCAUGUCAGUUGGAAAAGAAGACCAUGCUUGGGGCAUUUUCAUUGCUUAAAGUUAUGGAGUCUGAGCUGCAUGGAUACCUGUCAGCAACAAAAGGCAGAGUGGGUCGAUGCAUGGCACUGAUUCAAGCUGCAUCUGAUGUUCAAGAACAAGGAGCAGUGGAUGAUCGUGACACAUUUCUUCAUGGCAUCAGAGACCUAUUAAGUUUAUAUUCAAAUAUUCAAGCUGGUCCAUCAACAUAUGUAUCGGCACCUGGCAUUGUUCAACAGAUAUCAAGCCUUCGUUCAGAUCUGAUGUCUUUACAAUAUGACCUUGAACACACCCUUCCUCAGGAUAGAGAUACAUGUAUAAACAAACUGUGCACUCUUCUUCAAAGUUUGCAGCAGCUAUUGUUUGCUUCAUCAACAACUGCUCAACCAAUUUUAACUCCUCAGACACUAAUGAAGCAGCUAGCAACAUUGGAAGACUACAAUAAAAAUCUUUCUCGUGCCAUUGAAGAUGUGACCAGUGAACAUCUGAAGAAGAAUGAGAUUUACAGACAUCAAAAAGCAGAGAAGACAAUCGAGAGGCGAGUUUUUGUUGAUUUCUUCUGCUACCCUGAGCGCUUAAGAAACAAGGUCAUGGAAUUUGCUGCAAGUGUUGGGGCUUUGCAAUCGUCAUAGUUGCUUUUCCUUGUAUAUUGUGCUUUGUACGUAGUCGGUUUCUUCAUUUUUGAUAUAUUUGAGCAUGUAUGUAGCCCUGUUUCUUCUUUCCUGCCUUCAGUCCAACAUUUUUCAGCAUUGUGAUGGGACUUUAGCCUCAUGAUUCAUAUGGUACAAUUACUAAAUACGUAACCUGCACUAGUUAUCUUGUAUGCACGUCAUGAAAAUGUGUUCGAAAAGGGAUUGGUAUUCUAAUGCGCUGUACCAUUUCCAGAAUCUCCA